AUGGAAGGAUGGAUGAUUGAUCAUGAUGAUGAUGAUGAUGGUGGAUGAUGGUGAUGACUGGUGUCCUUCCUCAGCCCCAGAGCACAGUGAAAGCGCUGUAUGAUUACAGAGCCACCAGGGCUGAUGAGCUCACCUUCUGCAAAGGAGCUCUGAUCCAUAAUGUGAUUAAAGCUCCCCGAGGAUGGUGGAAAGGAGAUUACGCGGGAAAGGUCCAGCUGUUCUUCCCUGCCAACUAUGUGGAGGAGGUGACAAGUAAUACCAAGCCUGAAUUCCGAGACCAAGCGAUGGAGGAUAACCCGCUGGGUGACUUGUGCAUGGGGCUGGUGGACCUCUCCAGGUGCAAUGUCUUGAGGUCCUCUAAGAACGGUAUGAGCAAUGUAUUGAGCGUGUCACUGAAUGAUGAGCAGGAGGGCAGUCAGCAGUACGACUUUGCCACUGAGACUGUGGAGGAGCUGUUUGAAUGGUAUCAGGUGGCAUGGCAUAUCACUCAGCACAAGAUCAUCAACAAAAAUGAUGAGCACAAGAAGCUAAGCAUGGAUGGCACCCUGGGCAGGAAGGACACGCGUAAAGUUUGUACCUCACUGAAAAUACAUCAACUGAAAACUUGUACCAGACGGGACCGUCCAAGUAUCCAGCAGAAGAAAGAGAUCAAGACCAAAGACGACGCAGUGGCCAUCGAGAUGUCUGACCUAGUGAUCUACUGUCAGUCACGCAGCAAAGACAAGGACAGCUUUGUGACGUACACAUUUACGGAGAUCCGCUCGUUUCCCGGAGAACAAGACUCCUGCUAA